GUUCGGUAGAGGAGAUGUGUGUUGCCACGUGUAUAAUCCCUUAUAUAUAUUCUAAUUAUAAUAUUAGUAAAAAGAAAAAAGAAAAGGUCAGACAGCAACUUAGGGUUUUGAAUCUUCGCGUAAGAUGGAGCAACUAUCGACAUUAGAUUCUUUUUUACCCAGGGAUCUAAUCUCAGAGAUUCUCUUAAGAUUGCCUGCCAAAUCUGUUGCGAAAUUUCGUUGUGUGUCGAAGCUUUGGUUAUCAAUCACCACCGAUCCAUGUUUCAUCAAGUCGUUUGGAACUACACGACCAAGUCUUCUACUCUGUUCAAUACAAGGUCACAAUAUGUUUGUUACUCCUUCUAUCAGGUCAUACUCUUCUUCUCAGCCUAUUUAUCCUUAUCCUAUGAAAGUUCUAGGAGAACAUUGUUACUUCCCCCAUAUGGAUUCCGUGCGAGGUUUGAUCUGCAUUGUAGAUGUAGACUCCCUGAAGCCCCUAGUUUGGAACCCUACCACGGGCCAAUUAUUAGUUUUACCAAAACCCAAAUUGAGCUCCAGACAUAUGAACGUGUUUUUAGGAUAUGAUCCAGUCGAAGGUAAACACAAAGUAGCAUGUUUUCCCCAAAGAAAAACAUGCUACGUCUGCCGAGUUUUUACCUUGGGAUCAGGGCAAGAAUCAUGGAGGACCGUCAAAACUAACAUUGAGCAUAGUGUUGCCGUUGCUUCUGGUAGAUGCAUCAAGGGGGUGAUAUAUUAUCUAGCUUUUAAAAGUCAAGGGUCUGAUGCGGUUGUUAUGAGCUUUGAUGUGAGAUCUGAAAUAUUCCAUAUGAUAGAACUACCCUCAAGUAUUCAUUGGGAUUCGCUGAUAACUUACGAGGGGAGAUUAGCUUGUAUUGAUGCAAAUAAUGAUAAAAGAUUGUGGAGUUUGGAGGAUGCAACAGAUAAACACAAGUGGUCGUUUCAAGACUUUCUCUCACCUUUAUACAAGAUGUUUGAACUACAAGGUUCCACUCAUGCUGGGAAAUCUGCUGCGAUGAUCAAAGCUUUAUCAGAUUAUGUUCACAGCAGAGGGCUUAUAUACACAAUUUUCACCAAUUAUUAUGGCAAGGCAAGUGAAAAAACAGCGUUGCUCCUUGAUUAUUUUUUGAAUGAAUUGGCUGAUCAUAUCGGAACAUACAAGCUGAAGGAGGAAACAGACGACUUGGUAGCAACCAGGGAGAUCUCAUAACAUGAUAAGUCCCAUUCAGAUAUGCAAACAGCAGUUCCUUUUCGACAAGUCAAUGUGAAUAUCGAGAAAACAACAAAUGAAGUGACUAAGAGAAUUGCGCACAUCC